AUGGCUGCGUCCUGGUGUGCCCUGCGUGGCUCUCGCCAGCUCGCUCUGCGCACGCGAGUGCGCUCAAUUCCUUCGUCAAUUGCUGCGCGCAGAGUAUCUACACCUAUCCUUCGUUCUCUCCACACUACCUCCUCCGAACAGUCCUCUGCACGUCGUCAUGUAUACACCAGCUCCAUUGGCGACCACGGUGAUCCUCACCCCCGCGAUCUCUUCCAGCCCCUCGAUACAUUUCCCAGACGCCAUAUCGGUCCUGCUCCAGAUGCGGCCAAGGAGAUGCUGGCCACGCUAGAUCCUCCAGUAGCUUCGCUCGACGAAUUCGUGAAGCAGGUCCUUCCUGCGGACAUCCUUUCCAAGAAGGACUUGUCUGUGUCGCCUCCGAGCUCCAACGCUAAAUUGUACCGCGACAGUGUGCACGGUGGCUUGGGUGAGACAGAUAUGCUCAAACUGCUCGACACCUACCGGAAACAGAUCGAUGUUUCGGGAAAGACAUACAUUGGUGCUGGCUACUAUGGUACUAUUGUUCCCCCAGUGAUCCUGCGCAACGUCCUCGAGAACCCCGCGUGGUACACCAGCUACACUCCCUACCAGCCUGAGAUCAGUCAAGGUCGCUUGGAGUCUCUUCUGAACUUCCAGACUUUGACUGCCGAUCUCACUGGCUUGCCCUUCGCCAAUGCCUCCGUCCUGGACGAAGCCACGGCCGCAGCGGAGGCAAUGACCAUGUCUCUGGCUACCAUGCCCAUGGCCAAGCAGAAGAAGCCCGGAAAAUCCUACGUGGUUUCGAACCUUUGCCACCCUCAGACUAUUGCUGUGAUGCGUUCCCGCGCGGAGGGCUUUGGCAUCAACCUGGUUGUUGGAGAUAUUCUGGCGGACGACUUCAAGCUGGUCAAGGAGCAGGGUGACAACUUGAUUGGUGUUCUGGCACAGUAUCCUGACACAGAGGGCGGAGUGUAUGAAUUCCAGACCCUCAGCGACACGAUUCACAGUGCUGGAGGUACCUUCAGUGUGGCCACGGAUCUCCUGGCCUUGACUCUGCUGAAGGCGCCUGGCGAGUUUGGUGCUGAUAUCGCUUUCGGAAAUGCCCAAAGGUUCGGUGUUCCCAUGGGAUUCGGUGGCCCUCAUGCCGCCUUCUUCGCUUGUAUCGACAAGUAUAAGCGCAAGAUUCCCGGUCGUGUCGUGGGCGUCUCUAAGGACCGUCUGGGCAACCGUGCUCUGAGAUUGGCCCUUCAAACCAGAGAGCAGCACAUCCGUCGGGAGAAAGCCACCAGUAACAUCUGCACUGCCCAGGCUCUGCUGGCUAACAUGUCCGCCAUGUAUGCUGUCUACCACGGCCCGACUGGCUUGAAGGCUAUUGCGCAGCGCAUCAUGUCUAUGACCGCUACAUUGCAGGCUCAGCUUGCGGCAUUGGGCUACAACGUUCCUGUCAAGUCCAACGCUACUGAUGGCAGCGUUCUUUUCGAUACCGUCGUUGUUGACCUGCCUAGCACCCAAGAAGCCGACGCUAUCAUGUCUGCCGCACGUCAGAAGCACUUCUACCUUCGUCGCGUUAACGAGACUAAGGUUGGAAUUUCUUUGGACGAGACUGCUGGACGUGAGGAGGUGAGAUCUGUGCUCCAGAUCUUCGCCGACCAUGCCUCCAAGGGUGAGGUCGUUCUGGAAGAGAGACUCGCCGUGGCAACCGUUCCCGCCAGCUUGGAGCGGACGUCGGAAUACCUUACACACCCUGUGUUCAACACCCACCACUCUGAAACCGAAAUGCUGCGUUACAUUCAUCACCUCGAGUCUAAGGAUUUGUCUCUGGCUCAUUCCAUGAUUCCCCUGGGCUCUUGCACCAUGAAGCUGAACGCUACCACUGAGAUGAUCCCUGUCUCGUGGCCCGAGUUCUCUCAGAUCCACCCCUUUAUGCCCGCCGAUGUUGCCAAGGGAUACACGCAGAUGAUUGACGAUCUGGAGCAGCAACUUGCUGAUAUCACCGGUAUGGCUGAAGUGACUGUGCAGCCGAACUCUGGCGCGCAGGGUGAAUUCGCUGGACUGCGUGUGAUCAAGAAGUACCAGGAGGCCCACGAGGGAUCGAAGCGCGACAUCUGCUUGAUUCCCGUCUCUGCCCACGGCACCAACCCGGCCAGUGCCGCCAUGGCCGGUAUGCGCGUUGUCACUAUCAAGUGUGACACCAAAACCGGCAACCUCGACCUGGAGGACCUGAAGGCUAAAUGCGAGAAGCACCAAGAAAACUUGGCUGCCAUCAUGAUCACUUACCCCAGCACAUUUGGUGUCUACGAGCCUGGUAUCAAGGAGGCCUGUGAGAUUGUGCACAAGUACGGUGGACAGGUCUACAUGGACGGUGCCAACAUGAAUGCCCAGAUUGGUCUGUGCUCCCCAGGAGAGAUUGGUGCUGACGUGUGCCACCUGAACCUCCACAAGACCUUCUGCAUUCCCCAUGGCGGUGGUGGUCCCGGUGUCGGUCCCAUUGGUGUUGCCGAGCACCUGCGGCCCUUCCUGCCCUCUCACCCGGUUAGCGAAUACCUCCAGUCUAAGCGCUCCGAGACUUCAUCUCCCCCGAUCAGCGCUGCUCCCUGGGGUAGUGCCAGCAUUUUGCCCAUCACUUUCAACUACAUCAACAUGAUGGGUGCUAAGGGACUCACGCACGCCACCAAGAUCACGCUGCUCAACGCCAACUACAUCCUUUCCCGUCUCAAGGAGCACUACCCCAUCCUGUACACCAACGAGAACGGCCGUUGCGCGCAUGAGUUCAUCCUCGAUGUCCGCAAGUUCAAGGACACUUGUGGCAUCGAGGCGAUCGAUAUCGCCAAGCGUCUCCAGGACUACGGCUUCCACGCCCCGACCAUGUCCUGGCCCGUGUCCAACACUCUCAUGAUCGAGCCGACCGAGUCGGAGAGCAAAGCCGAGCUCGACCGGUUCUGCGAUGCCCUCAUCUCCAUCCGCCAGGAGAUCGCCGCAGUCGAGAGCGGCUCCCAGCCCCGUGAGGGCAACGUCCUGAAGAUGGCGCCGCACACGCAGCGCGACCUCCUCUCCACAGAAUGGACCCGACCAUACACCCGGGAGACCGCGGCCUACCCUCUGCCGUACCUGGUGGAGAAGAAGUUCUGGCCUUCGGUGACGCGCGUGGAUGAUGCCUACGGUGACCAGAACCUAUUCUGUACCUGCGGACCCGUGGAGGAUUCUGCUUAG